GUUCUCCUGCAAUGUUCUUCUCUCUGAGGAGGUUCUACUGGAACGUUCUACUCUCUGAGGAGGUUCUAGAGGUUCUACUGGAACUUUUUCUACUCUCUGAGGAGGUUCUACUGCAACGUUCUUCUUUCUGAGGAGGUUCUACUGGAACGUUCUACUCUCUGAGGAGGUUCUAGAGGUUCUACUGGAACUUUUUCUACUCUCUGAGGAGGUUCUCCUGCAAUAUUCUUCUCUCUGAGGAGGUUCUACUGGAACGUUCUUCUUUCUGAGGAGGUUCUACUGGAACGUUCUACUCUCUGAGGAGGUUCUAGAAGUUCUACUGGAACUUUCUACUCUCUGAGAAGGUUCUACUGUUUCUACUGGAACGUUCUACUCUCUGAGGAGGUUCUAGAGGUUCUACUGGAACGUUCUACUCUGAGGAGGUUCCACUGGAGCGUUCUACUCUCUGAGGAGGUUCUAGAGGCUCUACUGGAACGUUCUACUCUCUAAGGAGGUUCUACUGGAACGUUCUUCUCUCUGAGGAGGUUCUACUGGAAUGUUCUAUUCUCUGAGGUGGUUCUAGAGGUUCUACUGGAACGUUCUACUCUCUGAGGAGGUUCUACUGGUUCUACUGGAACGUUCUACUCUCUGAGGUGGUUCUAGAGGUUCUACUGGAACGUUCUACCCUCUGAGGAGGUUCUACUGGAGCGUUCUACUCUCUGAGGAGGUUCUAGAGGUUCUACUGGAGCGUUCUACUCUCUGAGGAGGUUCUAGAGGUUCUACUGGAACGUUCUACUCUCCGAGGAGGUUCUACUGGAACGUUCUACUCUCUGAGAAAGUUCUAGCGGCGGUCUCAUCCUCUGGUUCCGUCCUUUCUGGUGAGGAUGCUGAUCCGGGUCAGCCUGGUUCUGCUCUACUGGUUCUGUGUGUGGAUCCGGGGCCAGCAGCUGGACUAUGACAGCUGGGCGGACCAGGCGGUGUCGUCCGACGGUCUCUGUCGCUAUGGCAACAGCGUGGAGUGUUGCUGGGGCUGGAGACAGGUGGACUGGGGACGCUGUCAACCUCACUGUCAGCAGGGCUGUAAACAUGGAGAGUGUGUCGGACCGGACCGGUGCAGAUGUCACCGGGGAUACACCGGCAAGGCCUGUAACCACGACCUGAAUGAGUGUGGUGUGAAGCCUCGGCCCUGUAAGCAUCGCUGCAUGAACACAGCGGGCAGCUACAAGUGUUACUGUCUGGACGGAUACACGGUGCAGCCGGACGGCAGCUGCAGGAAUGCUCGGACCUGUUACCAUGCCAACUGUCAGUACGGCUGUGAGGUCAUGAAGGGGGCGGUCCGAUGCACCUGUCCGUCGCCGGGGUUACGGCUGGGACCAGACAGACGCACCUGUAUCGACAUCGAUGAGUGCGUGCGUGGUGGGGGGGCGUGUCCUCGUCGCAGGAAGUGCGUGAACACGUUUGGCAGCUUCCUGUGUAAAUGUCACGUCGGCUUCAGGCUCGUCUACAUCAACGGACGCUACACCUGCACCGAUAAGGACACUCGUCCCUUCUGCUCUCUGAAUCCGUCCUCUCCAAAGUGCCAAUGUGAAGACGACAGCUGUAGAGCUGUCCUCAAAGUGACUCUGGAGCCACAGAGACCGAGAACUACAAGAACUACAACUCCCAUUAUCACCACCGCUACUAACACUACUACUCCUGCUCCUCCAACUGCUACUACUCCUGCUACUACUACUACUACCGCUACUACUACUACUACUACUACUACUACUAACACUACUACUCCUGCUCCUCCAACUACUACUGCUACUACUACUACUACUACCGCUACUACUACUACUACUACUCCUCCUGCUCCUCCAACUACCGCUACUACUACUACUACUACUACUACUACUAACACUACUACUCCUGCUCCUCCAACUACUACUGCUACUACUACUACUACUACCGCUACUACUACUACUACUACUCCUCCUGCUCCUCCAACUACUGCUACUACUACUACUACUACUGCUACUGCUACUACUUCAAGUACAACACCUGCUACUACUGCCACGACUACGUCAAGUACAACUCCUGCUACGACCACAGCUGCUAGUACUACUACUACUACCCUAGAUACUUCAACUGCCACUACUACUACUACUACUACUCCUCCUACUACUACUACUCCUCCUACUACUACUACAACUACUGCUACUACUACUACUACUACAGUGGAAGCAACAACAGUGAGCAACAGGAUCAAUAAGGACGUGACACACAGACAGAGAGGAGACGUGCACAUCCCUCGACAGCCCGGUCACAACCAGGUGUGGGAGUUUGACAUCGAGCUGGGAAACACCGCCGAGGAGGCCAGAGAUGAUCCUGCGGUUGGUGAGCUCCACUGUACCUUCGAUCACGGACUGUGUGACUGGAUAUCAGACAGAGAAGGAGAUCUACACUGGGACACAGCUCUCAACCCCGCAGGUGGGCGGUACCUGUCCGUCCAAGAGCUGAAGGCGGGGCAAAGGAGCAUCCGCGGUGCUCGACUGGCCGUCCAAAUAACCCCGCCCUGGAGCCAGGGCGACCUGUGCUACUCCUUCUCCCAUUGGCUGACGGGGCAUCAAGUGGGCGUGUUGCAGCUGUUUGUCAGGAAAAAGGGACGAGACCAAAGCAGCGCCGGGUUUCAACAGCUGCUCCGAGUACGGGGUCAGAUAUGA